GUGCAAUUGGUGUCGAUGGGUAGUUGGAUGGUUGGGUCUGUGGCUAUAUGCUUGUUGGUUUUUGUAUUGGUCGUAAAAGGAGGUGGUUUUGGUGAGCAAAAGAGGUUUUGGGGGUGGGAGCCAUUGAUUCGUUCACCUGUGGAUCUGGAAGAAGAUGUGGAUGAAGCUGAAGCAGAUGGGGCGACCAGAUGGGCUGUUCUGGUGGCCGGUUCCAGUGGAUACGCGAAUUACCGCCAUCAGUCAGACGUUUGUCAUGCCUAUCAAAUACUUAAAAAAGGAGGUUUGAAAGACGAAAACAUCGUUGUGUUCAUGUACGACGAUAUUGCAACAAGUGAAAUGAAUCCAAGGCCUGGGGUCAUAAUCAAUCAUCCGCAAGGCGAUAACGUCUAUGCUGGCGUCCCAAAGGAUUACAUUGGGGAGGAUGUUACCGUAGAUAAUUUGUUUGCCGUGCUUCUUGGUGACAAAAAUUCUGUGAAAGGUGGAAGUGGGAAGGUUGUCGAUAGCAAACCUAAUGACCGAAUCUUUUUUUACUACUCAGAUCACGGCGGUCCCGGAGUGCUUGGGAUGCCGAACCAGCCUUAUCUUGUAGCCAACGACUUGAUUGAGGUCUUGAAAAAGAAGCACGCAAUGGGCACAUACAAAGAAAUGGUUAUAUAUAUAGAAGCAUGCGAAAGUGGAAGCAUGUUCGAAGGGAUGAUGCCUGAAGAUCUGAAUAUAUAUGUUACAACAGCAUCAAACGCUGAAGAGAGUAGUUACGGAACGUAUUGUCCAGGGAUGGAUCCAUCUCCUCCACCCGAGUAUAUAACUUGCUUGGGAGAUUUAUAUAGCGUCGCUUGGAUGGAAGAUAGCGAGACACAUAACCUGAAGAAAGAAUCGUUGGAGCAACAAUUCAACAAGGUGAAGUUGAGGACAUCAAAUUACGACACCUACAAUUCGGGGUCACAUGUGAUGGAAUAUGGUAACAAAGACAUUAAACCUGAGAAGGUCUAUUUGUAUCAAGGAUUUGAUCCGGAAACGGUAAACCUCCCAGCUAAUGGCAUCGACUUCCAUAAGAAGAUGGAUGGUGUAAAUCAAAGAGAUGCUGAUCUAAUAUUCUUGUGGCAAAAAUACAAGAAGGCAUCAGAAUCAAAUAGAACUGAAGUUGGGAAGAAAAUAACAGAGAUGUUGGCACAUAGGGCACAUUUAGAUAGCAGCAUUGACACGAUAGGGAUACUUCUAUUUGGACCAGAAAAAGGUCGUUUGAUCCUCCACUCGAAUAGAGGGCGUGGGCUACCUCUAGUGGAUGAUUGGGAAUGCCUUAAAUCUACGGUUCGGUUGUUUGAGAAGCAUUGUGGGUCGCUAACUCAAUAUGGCAUGAAGCACAUGCGAGCGUUUGCAAACAUUUGCAACGAGUUGGUCAGGAAGGAGGUAAUCGAGGAAGCGUUUAUAGCUACGUGUGGUGGUAAGAAUAUAUUGUCAUAUGCAACCACCGGAGCUUAUAGCGUUUGACGCCAAUUAAUGUUUACGUAUGAAAUCUCAUGUUAAUGUUAUCACCAGGACAUCAUGUUGUUUAAUUAUAGUCUGCUUUUACUUAUUGUCCUUUAAAAUAAGGUAAGCAAUGUGAAUAUCCUCGAAGUUGUAACACAAAAUUUAUGUUUUAAUUAAGGUUGUUAGAUUCGCGUCGAUUCUUUAUUCAUUUAAUAUCCUUUGAAACC